CGACGCCGGCGGUUGGGAGGCGGGCGGGCGGCAGCGCGGCCCCGCGCCUCAGCUCAGCGACACCCGGACGCGCGCUCCGCCGCCGCCAUGGCCUCGCUGCUCAAGGUGGACCCGGAGGUGAAGCUCAAGGUUGACUCCUUCCGGGAGCGGAUCACAAGUGAGGCUGAAGACCUGGUGGCAAACUUUUUCCCAAAGAAGCUGUUAGAGCUCGAUGGGUUCCUUAAGGACCCUAUCCUGAAUAUUCAUGAUCUCACUCAGAUCCAUUCAGACAUGAACCUGCCAGUGCCUGACCCAAUUCUUCUCACUAACAGCCAUGAUGGACUGGAUGGGCCAAAUAUGAAAAAAAGGAAGCUGGAAGACCACGAAGAGACCUUCCAGGGUACCAAGGUCUUUGUGAUGCCCAAUGGGAUGCUGAAGAGCAACCAGCAGUUGGUGGACAUCAUUGAGAAAGUGAAACCAGAAAUCAGGCUGCUUAUUGAGAAGUGUAACACGGUCAAAAUGUGGGUGCAGCUUCUUAUCCCCAGGAUAGAAGAUGGCAACAACUUUGGUGUUUCUAUUCAGGAGGAAACAGUUGCUGAGCUUCGAACUGUGGAAAGUGAAGCAGCCUCCUACUUGGACCAGAUCUCUAGAUACUAUAUCACAAGAGCAAAGCUGGUUUCCAAAAUAGCUAAGUACCCUCACGUGGAGGACUAUCGCCGCACGGUGACAGAGAUCGACGAGAAGGAGUACAUUAGUCUGCGCCUGAUCAUUUCAGAGCUGAGGAAUCAAUAUGUCACUUUGCAUGACAUGAUCCUUAAAAACAUUGAGAAGAUCAAGAGGCCUCGGAGCAGCAAUGCUGAAACCCUCUAUUAAGUGUCAACGUUUGAACUUGAGAACUGUUCAGUCAACUAAAGACCGUCAUUGCCUUGGUUUGUUACAUGACUAUCGAGAUGGGAAACUGGCUGGAAAUAGUAUUGCAUUCUUAGUUAAACUCUAAAGAAAUCCUUGCCUAGUUUUGUGAUUUGGUUUUAUUCAGGUCUCGGGAGCUCUUCCUCCCUCUAGUAACUGGUCAUGAGAAGGCUGUGCUGCUUUGGGAUGCCCUAGGGGCUACUGCAGAGUGAGAGCACCAGCCAGACAGGAACAUUCCUUCAUGCCUUUCUUCCUACCCGAGUAGGAGUGACACGUAGAGACCAAGCCCUUUGUCCUGUCCCACCUCUUGGCUCUCUGGGGAUGGGGCAAACAGUCUUCAGCACGAGAGCAAGCCCAGGUGGUAGAGGAGCUCCCUCUCUUCACUGCCCCGCUGUGCUCUGUCCUGUUGCAGAUGGUGGAACCCAUCCCUUCUGGGCUGGUGGCAGCAGCCCCUGCUCCAGUGCUGCUGAGUGAUCUGUCCUCCUUUUCUGUCUCCUGCUCGACAAAACCUGCCCCAUCUGUCUCUGCCUUGUCUGUUCUGGCUGGAACAGCGCAGGGCACGGGGUGGUGCUUGAAACUAGGGCUGUCUGCCAGCCUGGCUGGUUGUGAGCUCAGGUAGCUUCUGCUCCUGUUUGCCAUUUUGACUGCAGCCACUUUCUUGGUUUAAAUCAAUGUUACUUCACAUACGUCCUAGUGCCCCUUCAGCAUGAGGUGCUUUUGCCCAGGCUGAGGGAAGGGAGGGGAUACCAAAGCCCUGACAGUCUCUGUGGUCAGCCUAAGCCCCGCUGCCUCCUUGGCAGUGCUCCCCACUGCUGGGGCAGGGCAGGCAGCCACCACAGCUGGUGCUCAGGGGCGAGGAUGGCUGAUAACCCCCACUCUGGAACCAUUUCCCCCCCAUCCUUUUAAGCCUUUCCCCUGCAAAGGGCGCAGUGGGGUACCCUGGUGACUCCUCUGUCGUUUCCUGGUGCAUUACAAACCCCACUGGGAAUGACUGGUUGUGCUGAGUCAGUUUUUAUGUGUGACAAGUGGGCCCAGACCCCUGCAAGGAUCUGAAAUCUUAUUUAUAGUAUUUCUACUGAAAUCCCCUCUUCAGGGAACGUUCUAAAUCUUUUGAGGAACCUCAGUGUUUCCCGGGUCUCGCUGUAACACCUGUAUAUUCUUACUGUGCAGUAGCCUUAAUUAGUUGUGUUAACCUCAUUGUAACAAACAAUGACACAUGGAGUGAA